AUGAACGGAGGUAGCAGCCUCAACAUCAUGUACGCCCACACCUUGGAACUCAUGGGGAUUGGCUUGGACAAGCUAUGCCCCAGUAAGUCGCCAUUCCACGGUGUUGCGUCGCGGAAGCGAGUCCAACCCCUCAGCCAGAUCGACCUGCCCAUCUGCUUCGGCACGGCGGCCAACUUCCGCCAGGAGGUACUCACCUUCGAGGUGGUGGGGUUUCGGGGAGCAUACCAUGCCAUUCUCGGGCAGCCAUGCUACGCCAAGUUCAUGGCGAUCCCCAACUACACCUACCUCAAGUUGAAGAUGCCGGGCCCAAAGGGGAUUAUCACCGUCGGCUCCUCGUUUGAGCACGCCUACGAGUGCGACAUCGAGUGCGUCGAGCACGCCGAGGCCUUGGUGGUGGACGAGGCCCUCGUCGCACAGCUGGAGAACAUGGCGAACGAGGCCAUGGACUCCGCAUAG